AUGAAGUUAGUUUUUGAGUUACACAUAAUGACCCGCCGUGUUAUAGAAUUAAUGUCGAUGGCCUGCUCGUUUACUUCCCCUAUGAGUUCAUUUACCCUGAGCAAUAUCAUUACAUGCUCGAACUGAAGGCUACCCUGGACGCGAAAGGUCACGGCGUCCUGGAGAUGCCCUCGGGCACGGGAAAAACCGUGUCUCUUCUGUCACUCAUUGUUGCCUAUAUGAAGGCGCAUCCAAGCGCCGUGGAAAAGUUCAUAUACUGCUCUCGAACGGUCCCCGAGUUGGAGAAGGUGGGUUCCCGGUACUGGUUAACAGUCUUUUCACGCAGGUAAUCGAAGAGAUGAAGGAACUGGACAAGUACUAUGCCAAGGAGACGGGUGAACCGGGCUGUGGUCUGCUUGCUGUCGCCCUCAGCUCACGUAAAAAUCUGUGCAUUGAACGGAGCGUCAGACGAGUGGGUGACGGUGCAGCCGUUGACGCAGCCUGCCGCCGACUCACUGCAAGCUUUGUGCGAGCCCGUCAUCAAAACGACCCUUCAGUGAGCACUUGUAAGUUCUAUGAGGUAGGUGUGCCGUCCCAUAGUCCCCAUGUAAUCACCAUGUCUUUGUAGGAAUUAGAUCUCCAUGGACGCGACGAAGUGCUUCCUACCGGAAUCUACAAUCUGGUACUUAUAACUUGCAUCCUUGUAACAAACUCGUAGAGUGAUUUGAGGAUAUACGGAAAGCGACAUAACUACUGUCCUUACUUCCUUGCUCGUCACGCGGUAACCGGUCGCUUUUGCUUAACUUCUUGCCUCUUUAGCUCAUCCACGCGAACAUUGUCGUAUACAGUUACUACUAUCUGCUAGAUCCAAAAAUUGCCAGCCUCGUCUCAAAGGACCUUCCCAAGAAUACCGUCGUCGUGUUUGACGAAGCUCACAAUAUUGGUUUGUUAGCCCUGCGGCAAUGUGAUGUAAUGCAUUUUUUGCUACGCAGACAACGUCUGCAUCGAGUCCAUGAGCUGCGUUAUGUCACGCAGGGAACUGGAUCGUUGCCAGACUGGUAUCCAGAAGUUGUCCCAGCGCGUGAAAGAGGUGAAAGAGCGUGAUGCAUCACAGCUUCAACAGGAGUACAAUAAACUUGUUCAGGGUCUGAGGGAGGCUGCGAAUGAACGCGAAACGGACCUUGUCCUCGGCAAUCCAAGUGCGUCAACUGUCCUCAUUUCUCCCUACCUACCAUGCAUUGCUUGUAUAUGUACAGUAGGUGGCGUAAAGAUCAACGAUAAAGUUUCCAUUUAAUGAAUCUAAAUUAGCGUCAACAUGCCCCAGUACGCUUCAUUGGCCAGUGAGGCGCCUAAGACUCCUCCAAAUGUGAACAGAUGAAAGGAAAAAAGCUGUCUGGCAAACAGAUCGUUCAGUCUGGCAAUCUUCCUUUUUAUUAGGGCGCUAACGUCCUUUAGACUGCUACGCAGACUUACUUUGUGGAGGCUUUCCUUACGACGUCUUAGCUAUUGAAGAUGUGGGGAUAAAAUUAUGUCAGGUCCGACCAUGCCAGUCUCGAGAGGACGGCAAGUGAUAAGAACUUUAUUUAAAAUUGUUCUAAAGUAGCUAGAACACGAUUCGACAUUCGAUAGCUUCAUGAAAGCGGUGAUAAUACUACGAUACUUGACUGAUCUCAUGAAAUGUCAACUGAGAUUCAGAAGUGCGCUUUCGACUGCGCACUUAGGAAAGGCCGCAAUAUUGGUUAUCGUGUUGCAUAAUCCGGAAAUAUUUCAGUCACGACAGGAUGCUGACGUUUGAGUGCGUAUUUUCCGGCCGAAUGCAAAAAAUCACAUUUGCCAAAAAAUGACAACUUAAGUAUUGUGCAUUUUCCCCGUUGCUUUUCGAUGUCGGUGUAAAUUCGGAUACCAAGAGGUGCUACCUGAAGGCACUCAGUCCUGUCCAGUACGACCAUGGAACGCCCCCUGUCCGCAGUAAUAAUACAGAGGUCUUUGUCGGUCGUGAAUUCCCUUAGUGCACCACGUUGACCUUGAGAAGCACUUCGCGCGGCCUGUGAGUCGUGAGGAGAAACGACACUUGGUGUCGAGUGUGGCAUUUAGUCCUCUCCGUCACUUCCGUCUGACUGAGGACUGAUUCCACUGCUGCAAUCAUGUUGACAGGUUUGACAUCAGCUGUGUUGAAUGUAGGCUCUUGCCGCAACACCUGAAUUUGAUCCUUCCUUAGCUCUGUUGAUGACAGAUUGUGCAUCGGUUUGUUAUUUUUGAGCGGCGCUGUAUUAGGCAGUUUUCAGAAUUCGUUCUCCAGUGUUGCUUUGCGUUCUCGGGCACGUUUAAUCGCCCUAUGCAGGGACAGAUUUGUGCAGAUCUUGCUCAUGAACUCAAAAAAUCCGGUCUUCUUGGUCAAUCCUCUGGCAGUACUUGCGAAGCCUCGCGUGGCAAUCUCAAAGGUCAUUCUUCUGUCCAUGUUGAAACACUACUCGUCUCGUCAGCUCCGUGUUUGCUGGGGGCUUGUAUGAAACGCAUUUCAGUAACACGUUAUUGUCGAGAGACCUGUUCAUGAACCGAAUUUGUGCAUGUGUAGAGCCCUCUUGAAGGGCCACGGUUACCCAUCGCCGAGCCUAUUGGAAGGUACGCACCCCAAGAGCACUUUUUGUUCAAAAUGUGAGACGAAAACGGCGCGGACCAGCCUCACGAUCCCGCCUGCUCCCAAGGUAACAGGAUUUAAUUCAGUUCACUUUAUUUUAGGGAAAUGUAGUUGUUGCACCUUUUAACUCCCUAUGCGUUACAAGCAACAAAAGCGUAUCAAAAAGUGGGCAACGGAAACACUAAACUGCAACAGAAUUAUCGAAACCGUACAGAUAAACGAAUUAUUCCAAGCGUUAGAAACACUGGCACUGCUAAGUACGUCGUACAGUAGUCAGUCUAUGGGGAAUUGUGUUAUAGAAAAAUUGGCACGAUUCCAGUUAUCUGCAGGUGCGAAAGUGAAUAUCAGUAUACACGUCAGCGAGUUCGGGCCAGUAAGGCAAUUAGAAAAAAACAAACCCUACUGAAAUAUGGACAGUAAUAUCACAACAAUAGUUAAUUGUCACGAAUGGAAGAAAAUAUGCGCAUCCCAGGUUCUUGUUGAAAAGUGGACAAAGGCGCGAUCAUCGCGAAGGACAAACUCCGUCACCACCCCGGAAGACCAUUGUGGACUAGGCAUUGCGAGCCAGACCUAGCCACGAACGUAACCUCCCCCCACCUCCCCUCACAGCACAAUUGUAUAAAUGUUCACACGUUGUUGCACUCCAACAGCCUCUGGUGCUAGCGUUCCGAAAGCUCAGGCCAAUAAAACUACCGUCCCAGUGAUCGCACUUUUGUCUACUUCUUAAUACUAAAUUGUCAACGCGGGGUGCCAAGACGGUAGCGGUCGGGUGGUAUUACGUUAUGUGAUGGUAUGCUGAUCCAGUUUCCUCUUAGAAAGCUCGACGGUGUGGAUAUAACCUCAUAUGCAGGCGGUUCAUUCCAGCCCAUCGUUAUGUCUGGUGGUACCGCAAACUCCUCGAAGCGGGGAAUUCCAGCAUGGACAUGAAUGCAUUUGGUGCAAUCGCACAACCGCAAUGCGAAUCCUCCCCUCAUGACACUCCAAGAGUUCAGUAUGUCUUUUUUCAUAUCAGCGUUAAUUUACGAAUAUUUUAGAGUAGUAUUUGGUCACACUGAAGUCGACAACACCAGACUGCCGGUCUAGUCGUUACUCUUUUUACAUCAAAUGCGAACUUGACAUUUCGGAUUUGCGAACUGAUGACAACUCAUAGCAUCGAAAACCUGUAUCGACAACUGGUACUUACCGUCAGUACUCGAAGGCUCCCAAAUCAAAAUGCAAGGAAGACGGAUUUGGUUGGAUAAUCUCAACAGCAUAUACAAACCUCAGUAGGCAGUUGCAGCAGCAAACGUUAUUGCCAGCCAAGUAACAGUCGUUGGAAUUCUCACCCUCAGCGCAAACGGAUUGAACUUCAUGCCAUUUGCCUGUGUAGGAUGUGAGAGGUUUUUGUAAUCUAUGAUCGAAGAAACUUACAUUGAACGUUUGUUCCGAUUCGUACUGAAUAAUUGACUGCGUUCAUCCAUUUUUAACGUUACCGUGUGCUCAAGCGUAUAGCGUUACCCUAACUUUGACAUAAAUGUUGUUUGACCACUUAUCCGCAAACAGUACGAUACACCUAUUCCAGGGGAUGUCCUAUGCAAAGAGAUCGCAGUCAAUCGUCUCGUAGGCAUUGCCACCAGUGCGCCUUAGCCCAUCACUGUCGCGUGACAGUCGAGCACCCGCUUCACGAACGGAUUCCAGCAUCCGUAAGCCGCUCGGUCGCUGGGGAUUCACUGUGCGGCACCCACUUAUACUAUACUGUCUAUUCAGCACUUUUAUCUCUUCGGGAAUCCCAGACGUCACUAUCGUCUGCAAAGUUUUCUUUCUACUCUCAUUAUACUGCAUUGUGGUCUGCUUGGUUUAAUGGGGAGCAUUUUGUCCGUUUGACAGCCCUGCCCGACGAGAUUCUGAGAGAGGCGAUCCCGGGCACGCUUCGCAGCGCCGACAGUUUCAUCAGUUUCCUUCGUCGCCUGCUGGAAUACGUGAAACUGCGUUUGCGAGUGGCACACGUGGUGCACGAGACCCCGGUGGCGUUUCUGAAGGAUUGCCUUGAAAAGGUCUGCAUCGAUCGUCGCCCUCUGCUGUGAGUUUUGCCCCAGUACGUCAAACUGGUGCUUCUGCCAACUUCCACGUCCCUAACGCAACGUGCGCCGUCAGUAUUGCAUGCUCUAUAUCUUUUAGCAUUCCUGACCUAGUUUCUGCUGUCAUCAUUUUUCACGUCUAGCCUGUCACUAAAAUUGUCAAGCACGGUGCCUUUGGAUGAGACGGAUAAGCCGGUCUCAUUAGGGAAUAUUAGCAGUUCAUCAGCUUACCUUCUCAGAAUAGCAUAUUGCAUUCUCUGGCAUCAUAGUCCUUCGGCAACGGUUUAGGUGAUUUGUCUUGUAUUGUCAGUAUGAAGUGGAGGGCUGUCUCUAACCAACAGCUUAGCAGUCAACUGAUUUCUGUGGCCUCUGUGGGACUUGGUAAUUAAUUGGCGGAUUUGGCAUAUUUGACUAAGUCAUUUGAUAGAUGUUUUGACAGAUUUUGAGUAAUACACAUUGACUCAACUGUGAGAAACUCGGCGCCUCGGUGGGAUUCGAACCCACGCAGUAAGGGGGAGGCUUUAGUACAGCCAACGGGUAACUUGGCCCAAAUGUUCUUAAACUCGCGUCGUCCGCCGGGGCCUCGUAGCUCAAGUGGUUAGAGCGCUGGCUGUGUUAAAGCCUCCCCUUGCUGUCCUGGGUACGAAUCCCACCGAGGCGCCGGGUUUUUUCACAGUUGGGUCAAUAUGAAUAAUUCAUUUGACUCAGUAGUGAAAAAUCUGCCAGCCUCAGUGGGACAGCAGAAGCUGGAGUUGAAAUUUUUGGUGUAUUUGCUAUCCAUAUUGACCCAAAUGUGAUAAACGCACCCCCAUCGGUGGGAUUCAAACCCACUACAGUAAGGGGAGGCCUUAGUACAGCCAACGAUCCAACAGCCAAAGCUACGAGGCCCCACCGAAAGACGUGAGUUUAAUCACAUUUGGGUCAACUUGCCCGCUCAGUCUACUGAAACGUCUGGGAUCCACCAAAUCGGUUGCAUUAAGCUGACUGCCAAAGCGGGAUUUCUUAAGCAAUCAAUCCGAAAUCCACCAGGGGACUACCGAGCUCACUUAAUUAUUUGGUGUUUUUUGGCAAUUUGUUACAGUGGGUCUGAGGAAGUCUUAACGUCGUAUAACGUGUACUUCUUUGAUACGGCUGUGGCCAUGCCCUCUAUAUCUGACCUAUACGCCGGCAGGGAUUGUAUAUCUCAACUUGUGACGAUCUGCUACAACGGAUCUGCAGAGCUCGAUCCAUGAACCACGUACUGACAAACUAUGUUGAACCAGGUCUUAAACCGACUUAUUCGCCACCUCCUGGCCAGCGGCUGUACCGAACAACGUGCACAAACUCGUAGUUGCCUAUUUUGGUAGUCCGAAAUAUCCCUGCAAUGUUGUUGCGGCGAGUGCAAACUGUCUCACUAAGGAUGAAACCGGAAUAUCUCACUCGAAGCAUCGCUCUCAAACAACAGUAACGAAACGCCGCCCCUCCCCAGUUUUUGCCUAUCUGUCGCUCGCAUAUCCCAGCCCAAGUUAUGGAAAAUUGGCUUGAUGGUUGCCCCAUACACGCGGGUUCAUGGACACUUUUUGAGGAUUGUUAGAUCCCUCUGAGCGGCGCCGAUUCGGGAGUCAAGGACAGCAACCUCAUCCCGAGACAUUUGAAACCAGUGAUCGUGCCUUCGCCUUCUUUUAAACAAGAACCUGGGAUGCGCAUAUUCUCUUCCAUUCGUGACAUUUGAAACCGUCCAGGUUUUGAAACAGUCAGAGGGACGUUUCCUGGUCAAAAAAUGCAGCUGGAAAAUAUGUUUGGUCCUCCCAGCGUUUAUGACUAAACUGACUGAUUUAGCGACUUCAGUCGCUGUCGUAUUACUUCCUAAAAGUCAGCCAGACUGACCGUGAGGCCCUCGUUCGAAUACCGAGUCAGGAGCUGUUUGUGGCGGUGCUGGAAGAGUAUGUGCGACGCAGACAGUCGAUUCUGAUCAGCAGAGUUCAAUGCCCUCUUCCCGUUGUCGCAUCGAGUCGAGUCCAAAGCGGCCACUAAGAAGAUUGUUUGAAUAGUCGUCCGGUCCAGUCCUGCUGUUCCCAUCCUUUCACUCAUAUUGACCGAACUGUGAAAAACUCGGCGCCUCGGUGGGAUUCGAACCCACGCAGUAAAGGGGAGGCUUUAGUACAGCCAACGCUCUAAUCACAUGAGCUACGAGGCCUGUCGGACGACGCGAGUUUAAUCACAUUUGGGUCAAGUUACCCGCCCAACCUACUGCAACGUCUGGAAUCCACCAAAUCUGACACAGUAAUUUGACUGCCCAGGCAGGAUUUCCUAAGUAAUUCACCUACUUACUAUAUCAGAUUUGGUGGAUUCCAGAUGUUGCAGUAGGUUGGGCGAGUAACUUGACCCAAAUGUGAUUAAACUCGCGUCGUCCGACGGGGCCUCGUAGCUCAAGUGGUUAGAGAGUUGGCUGUACUGAAGCCUUCCCCUUACUGCGUGGGUUCGAAUCCCACCGAGGUGCCGAGUUGUUCACAGUUGGGUCAAUAUGAAUUAUUCAAAAUCUGCCAAAACAUCUAUGAGUUCCAAUCCUUCGCAACAAUCAGCAGAUCAUGGUGAGAGUCUUUUAAAUCACUCUUGCAGCCGCGCGUAGAAGGUUUCUUUAUCGCCCCGUUCGCAGCUGAUGUUGAUUCGUGCGCAAAGACGACAAAGGGGUUAGCAUAGUAACAUUUCGACCUUACGCAAGCUAUCUGAUCAUUGAUUGGUUUCCACACAAAUUACUCAUGGCUCGCUUGUUUCGAUAGGGUGAUUGUCACACGUUGUCUAGCAGAACAGCCGUGCGGGUUGCUGUAGUUUAGGGUGAAAUGGGAGUUGACCCCGAGGUCUUGGUUUCCCAAACGUCUGGGUCGGAGAUUCGGUCUUCAGACAGGAGACCUCCACGUUGUGCUACCUGAGAACUGAACACCGACAGCCUUUGACUCUCAUGGACGAAGGACAUUCUCAUAUUCCAACAUCCGGUACGAAGGACCCCUUAUCGAGUGAGCCCUCAUGCUAUUGUCCUGCACUACUGGGUCAAGGUUACGGAACGCAUCGAUUCCCGCGGUUCACAAUCGGGCACUUUCAUGAGGUCUACUUGGAGUUUUCUGUAUAGACAGGCCCCUAGCAGCCGCUCCGAUUAAUAUUUCGAGGUUGUCUCCUCUAGAACUUUGUCUCAAGAUAGCAUUGACAAGCCAGGGUUAUUACUGGCGACUCACAAUCACCAUCUCAUAGUGUCGUUACCUGGCUUUGCGUCAAUUUAUAAGGCAGCCAGCGUGCUAGAUCCGAGGACCUGUCCGUUUCGUAACUAGCCUUUGCAGAAAACCGUUUCAUUAUUCGCCACUCGAGGACGCACCGGGCAGUCUGCAGCCAGACUAACGCGCAACCACACGAUUCGUGCUAUUUGACGGCACCAACUGCACCGGAAUUUUGUGUGCUGUCAUUGCUUUUGGGAAUUUAACAUGUGCGGAUUUUCAGGCUACGUGGCGGAGCUCGGAAACGCGGUCGUACUGUGAAAUGAGGAGGCCCGGACGCCUCCAAUACGAAAAGCCUGAUAAUAGGGGUCUUACAUGUGGGACUACGGGAACACAUCGAGGGAUAUGUGAAAACUAAGAGAAAAACGGGUGUAUUAAAGGUAAAUAUGCCAAUUUUUUUAUUGAUACUAAAAUCUUAGCGUAAGCAGCGCUUUAUACAAAAGCUCGCUAUAACUAACCAAUAAAACCAACUCCAGUAGGAGUGAUGAUGAUUGGUCCGCCGGGAUCAUCGAAAUUGAUCCACCCAAGUAGGUGAGUGAUCAAUCAGACAGAAGCCGUAGAUGGAAGUUUUAGGAAGUGAGUGCAAAAUUGGCAAUAAACUAUAUUUCCAAAAACUGAAACCGGAGACCAGUUGAAAGCCCCGUAAACCGUAAACCAAACACUAGGCCCAACUUCAAAAGUAAGCCCAACUCCUAAUGGUAAAACAGAAUUGAGGAAGCUUUCGCCGAUCGUAGCCGCAAGCACUCCAGUUACCCCCAAACCGAAAUCUGACAACUAACCCGAACCAUAACUCAAGCCUUAAUCAUAACCCUAAAUCUAAUCCUAACCCAAAUCCCCUAACACUUAACUCCCAACCCUGAUCCUAAACCUAGGUGUGUUAACUGUAGCACACCUACUUCAAUUAAUGCUAGUAGCAAAUUAACGAACUGUUGGCCAAAGGAGGCCGUCUUUCCGGGCCUCACCAAUUAUGUAACCGUACUAAAAUGCAUUUUCCUACAAAUUGAUUUCUCAGGAAAAAAACCGGGACGCUUCAGGUGUUCGGCUUUAUUCAUUAAAGCACUAAUUCCUGCUAACCGUAUCAAGGCUUUUUCUUCGCCUUUUGCUAUUCCUAAUUGCCAUCCGGCGCUUCACUCACAGCGUCCUCACACGACCGUAACGAUGUCUGCUUCCGUUUUUGUGCCUGAAGAACGGAAAAGGUCACCGCUAUACCCCGCCCUGUGCUUCUGGCCGAAUAGACAGUCUUUACCAUCAGUCGAUCCGAUUUUGAGCAUUGUUGGCUCCAUUUGCAUGCGAGCUUCACGCUCUAAGUCCACCACGGCUGUGCCUGUCGAAACUGUUGGCAUCCUUAUUUCAACCGUUGGUGACAUUUUCUUGAAAGCACCUUCUUUUCGCACUCCUCCUCCUCAUAGUGAAGACUGACUUGUGGCAAUCGGGUGGUUAGCUGACAAACAAGUGAUUUGACCAUGUAUACUAACCCUAAUGGUGAUCCCUUACCUUCUUGGGGUCAAAAAUAUAACAGAGGAGGUGACCUUAGCCUCAAGGUAAUGCUGUCUGGGAACAAAAGUUCCAGGAGCUGCUUUUAUCUCGAUCUAUUGGUUUGACAAAUAGGUACUGAUGACACGAAUUUCCAGUCAUCCGACGCUUCACUCACAGCGUCCUCACACGACCGUAACGAUGUCUGCUUCCGUUUUGUGCCUGAAGAACGGAAAAGGUCACCGCUAUGCCCCGCCCUGUGCUUCUGGCCUAAUAGACAGUCUUUACCAUCAGUCGAUCCGAUUUGGAGUAUUGUUGGCUCCAUUUGCCUGCAAACUUCAAGCUCUAAGUCCACUAUGGCAGUCGAAACUGUUGACAUCCUUAUUUCAACCUUUGGUGACAUUUUCUUGAAAGCACCUUGUUUCCCACUCCUCUAACAAGCUGUUAUUUUUUUUAGCUUAAAACCACUUUUGCCGAUCAUUGUGAAGACUUACUUGUGGCAAUUGGGUGGCCAGCGGACAAACAAAUGAUUUGAUCAUGUAUACUAACCCUAAUGAGCGUCGGGUGUGCCCUUCUGUUUCCCCACUACUGGGAACCUGUCCUCUCCCCCCCCCUUCCCCUAUCCUGCCCUAUGUAAUCUUUUGGUGUCUUUCAUGUGUAGAUUCUGCUCAGAACGGUUGCGCUCCCUACUCCAGACUCUGGAAGUUGCCGACCUCAGCGAAUACGCUGGAGUCACCCUGCUCUGCAACUUCGCCACCCUCGCGGCCACUUAUACUCGCGGCUUUUGCAUCAUCGUGGAGCCCUUCAACGAACGUGCACCGACCAUCGUGAAUCCAGUGCUUUACUUCCAUUGCAUGGAUGCCAGCUUGGCCAUCGCCCCCGUCUUCAAGCGCUACGUCAGUGUCAUCAUCACUUCUGGGGUUCGUCUUCCCCUUCUGCACCACCCCACUCCCCCGCGGUUGCUUCUUUUCGUCCCUUAUACAUCCCUUCCUUUUAAAAACCCCUUCCAGCUGGUCUUCACCUAUUUACUCAAUCCUUGUCGAUGUGCGUAUUUUUCUUAUCCGCGUAAAUGCACUGGACCGAGAUGGCGGUCUGCCUGGCUCACAGCACGCGUUUGUCGGGCUGCGCUGACUCUGUGAGAACAGAUAACUACUUACUUGUACUUGAUACGGCUGAGAUCAUGCCUGAACUAGCCGACCUCGAUGAUGUUACGAACUCUACUGACGAUCCGCGGCAGUAGAUCUGGACAGCUCAACCCAUUCCCUUCGCCAACGACGGAGACCGAAUACCGAAGGUCCAAGAACCACCUUCAUGUCUUGACGAAUUAUGUCAAGCCAAGUUUUAAGUUGAUGGUCUCUUCGACGCCGGCAGUGGGGGUGACGAUGCCGGAUCGAGGGUAGUAACAGACCGAAUACCGAACGGUUGGGAAAGAUUGUUGCGGACCAGAACUCUCACAGUAGUGGAACGAUAAUAAACCUUGAUCAUGGCGAUGAUUUUUGCCGGUUAAACAUCUAGCGCCAUUUUCCGCCACAGGACUCACGAUUAACGGAAUCGAACGCGGCGGCAAAGUCAACGAAGCAGACGGCCGUCGGUUGUUGGUAGUUAUGGCGAAGUUCGAGAAUGCGCCUCAGUGUGAAUAUCUGGUCUGCACACCCACGUCCAGCACGAAAUCCGGCUUGGUUGGGCCUCGUCCUAGAGUCACGCACAGCCUGGAAUCGCCUGCGUAGGACAAUAGCGAAGACCUUCGCAGCAACGUCGAUGAGACUUAUGUCGCGGUAGUUCUCGCAUCUCGUCUUCUAUCCCUUCUUGAGGAUAGGUACAAGGAUGCCUAAGCCCCAGUCAUCAGGGCCAACCUCGUCUCUCCACGCUCGUUCAAUCACCUCAGGGCGCCAGAGUGUCGACACAAGACUUGAAGAUUUCAGCAGGUAUACCGUCCUCUCCAGGUGGCUUAUUGUUGCACAACUUUCGUAUGGCAUCGGCGACUUCUAUUUCAGAGGGGGAGUCGCAUGGCACUGCAUAGGUAGGCGAGGGAAGAAACUCCACUGAAGAAAAGAGCCAUGUAUGCGUGUGGCACGGUCCAGACGUAGGCCUUAAGGUCACCCCAGCCACUGCGCCCAAUCCCAUCACUUCUUGGCUGAUACGCUCCGACAGUCGACCGGUGCGUGGGAUAGGAAGUUGUGAAGCCGACAUUGGGGAAUCCAUUACCACAGCCAAUCAGCACAUUCCUCCUUAUAAUAAAUCUGGGGCGCUUGAAUUCAUCACGACGCGCUACCAGUCGUGGAUCCAAGGGCUGCCGACCGAGGAGAUAAUUCGGCCGUUUUCGGGACUGAAAGUCAGGCCGUAGUGGUUCCCCAUGGUGGCCUCUUUGGUGCUCUCACCCCCGCGAGAUCCGAAUCACCAUUCAGGGACGACCAGAUCUUACACAGCACACGUGGACGGUCGAUUUAGCUCACUGCCACCUCCGGUCGUCUGGACAUUGUCUUGUCAUCUGAGGAAGUUUUGUGCGGGAGGAGAGGGUGCUGUAGAUGGUACGCAAAUCCGUCUCACAAUAAACUAAUUCAUGCGUAAGUCCCGGAUGAUGCACCCACUCUGUGAGGUACUCGGUGGGCCUAGUCGCUCGCGGUGGUCAGACUAUCGGAUAUUUACAAGACAAACAAGAUAUGUUGAAUUAAGGGAGACUGGAAAUGACACUUUCUAGCCUGUCAACCUUCAUAAGCCGGCCGUAUAUAUCAAAAUCACAAAUCAGAAUCAGAACUCUUUGGUCAUUAAGUACUAACCGAAAGACCCUUUUAUUGCAUCAUUGUCCCGUCAGUCGCGAUCGGGAAGACUAAAUAUUCUGGAAGUGGUGUUCCACCGACCAGAUUGCCGGACUGAAAAUGGUUUGCCUUCGAUCUCAGAUCUGUUGUUCUCAGGCGAGAGCAUAGAAACAAGCAGUCGUGAAGAAGGAACGCUGAGAAGAACAAGUAGACUGAAAUGACCAUUAGGUGAUGUGCCGACAAAUUACACUCGAAACCGUGGUAUUAUAAGAAAUGGGAGUGAAAUAGUUCCACUCCGAAAGCCUUCUCCAUAGAUCGUUAUUUUAUCGGGAACUGCGCCUUUUGCAUUAUCCACUGCAUUAACAGUAGUUGAAGCACUUUGCCCUCAUCAUGUGCACGCCAGAAAAGCUUCCUCGGGCUCGCAUACGCCCGGAAUCUGCGAGUGCGUGCAGUUUUAACUCGAGUGCAUGAUGGAAGGCAUCGGACUGGGCUCUCCACUGUUGCGUGAGCUCGCAAGCUUGCAUCGGUCCGUUUGCAGGUCUAACACGUGUGCUCCGGCGAGUCUCCAACAAGAUGGUAACGGUAGGGCGUAGGACCCCAACUAGCUUGAGGCAACCUCUGGACCGUUUUGUAUACGACAGCUACAUGGGGUCCUAAACCCUACCACUGCCUUUUUGAAUUCCAGUCUGAAUUCAAGUUUGCCAGUAGCGUUUGCUUCAAAUUCCGCUAAUUUCUGAUAAUCGCAUUCUUUAAUUAUCGCGCUCACUCGUUGCCAUAUGACAGCGUAAGACAAGACUUCCGACGGAAAUUUGGUUAUGUUUCGUGGUUUCUUGCUUUCCGCCUUCUCUCCGUCCUGCGUUUUGUCCCACCCGUAAAACCCUCUCUACCACCAUUCACGUAUAACACGGUCCACGGGCUACCUCAAGUUAGUUGGAGUCCUACACCCUACCGUUGUCAACAAGACAACUGACUGAAAUUACUGUGCAGCAGACAUACUACUAGUAAUGAUCUUUUUCCCUUCUGGAUGCCGACUGCUUCCCAGUCAGAGUGUGAACUGUUAGAGGGAAAGGGUCGAUAUUAUUUCCUUGCCUACUCUAUAUAUUUGUUUGAGAUUACUUGGACCUUCAUGCUCUGUUUUCCAAAUCUUCUUCUAGACACUUUCCCCCCUGGAGAUGUACCCACGCAUCCUCAACUUCCAUCCGGCCAAUGUGGCGUCCUUUUCAAUGACUCUCACUCGUAACUGCAUCUGCCCGAUGGUGAUUCAGUCUAGUGCAAUUCGGCUUUUACCCUUUACUGAGUCCUCUAUGCCCGUUUGCCUCUGAUAUUCCAUUCACAGUUGUGCUCCUUUUACGUGUUUGCUCAGUGAGCAUCUUGAUUGCUCUUCUUUUUAGAUCGUCUCGAAGGGCAGUGAUCAGGUCGCCAUGACAACGAAGUUUGAAAGCCGUGAAGACCUGGGUGAGUUUUUGUUUUUGCUGUAGCCAGUGGAGCCACUUGGGCUGUGCGGUACAAAGAAAUAAACAAAAAGAAUUACCUGCCGGUUAGUCAUCUGAUGUACUCUGGGCAGAUUGCUUACGAAAGCCUCCUUGAGCAGUCAGCCUACUCUAUCAGGAUUGGUGGAUUUCAUAUGCUGCAGUAUUUGAGGCGGGUAGCUCAGACCGUCUAUGAAAUACUCGAGGCUCCCAAUCGGAGUCCUGUAGCUCGGGCGAUUAGAACGUUGGCCAUAAUCUGGCCUUGGACGUUAUAUUGCGAUUUUUCAAUCCCACAGUUGGUUAAAUUAACCAAAUCUCCCAAAAACGUAUUAAAAUAUGUUCACUAUUGUGAGAGUUAAAGCCCUCAUCUUGCUGCUCCUAAACUCCGCCUCCCAAUCGUUUGAGGGAUUAUGUUGCCGACGCAUCGUUUCACUGGAUCCUUCUAGUUUAUACCGUAUUACCUCUUUACUUUCCUACAGCGGUGAUUCGAAAUUACGGCAAUUUACUCGCUGAGUUCGCCAGCAUCGUGCCCGACGGUAUUGUCGCCUUUUUCCCCAGUUACCAUUACCUGGUGAGUGCAUAUCAUGCCUUGUACCUUUUUCUUUGAGGACUUGUCUGGCUGUCACCACCACUAUGCCUUUAGGGUCCCUUGUUCUAUACAUGUUCUUGAAGGCGCGUAUGCCUCGCAAUCCCUAAUCGUUGGAGAAGCACGUUCUUUCUUGGCGCAGUAGGACACUUAUCGCCAGCAAGGUCUAUUCAUCAUCUCCUAAAGAGGGGGGGGGGGGAUAGCAGCGCUUGUCGUUCACUACUUACUUACUUGUACUUGAUACGACUGCGAUCAUGCCUGAUCUAGCCGGCCUCGAUGAUAUCCCGAAUUUUACCUCUCCAUGUGUGACGAUCCGCGGCAGCAGAUCUAGACAGCUCAACCCAUUCCCUUCGCCAACGACGGAGACCGAAUACCGAAGGUCCAGGAACCACCUCCAUGUCUUGACGGACAGUGUCGAGCCAGGUUUUGAACUGACCCCUCUUCGACGCCUCCAAUGGGGCAACGGUGCCGGAUCGAGGGCAGUAACACUGAGCUCCUGAGGUGAACGACGAAGAACAUGCCCGAACCACCUCAGUCGUCUUUCUUGGAUGGCCUGAGUUAUCCUUGCGAUGUUGUCGCAGCGAGCGUCGACUGUCUCAUUUGAGACGAAGUCGGUUAACUUCGCUCGAAGGAUAAUCCUCAAGCAGUGGUGGUCAAAUAUCUCCAGUUUUCGCUCAUCCUCCACGCGCAAAGCCCAGCAUUCGCAACCGUAGAGAAGGACAGACCGGACAGAUGCACGGUACACGCGAAUCUUAGUGGCGAUGGAGAGGUCACGUCGGUUCCACAGGCAUUUCCGAAGGCUUGAAAAAAACCAGCGGGCAGCAUCGGUUCGGGAGACAAUGUCGUCCUUACUCCGUCCAUUAGGCAGCAGCCGCGCCCCGAGGUAUUUAAAACUGUCCACAUCUUCAAGUUGCCAGCCAUCAAUCCCUAGGGGUGCCUUCUCCUGGUCAGGGAUGCAGCUUGAAAACACUUUGGUCUUCUCAGCGUUUAUGGAUAAACCAACCGACUUAGCGACCUCGUUCACCCGUGACACCAUAGACUACAGAUCACCAAAACUUGAAGCAAGUAAGGCGAUGUCAUCGGCAUAGUCGAGAUCAGUCAGUCGAUGUCCGGGUGCAAAUUCAACGCCGUCACUCUUGCGUAGGGCCCUCCCGAGGAUCCAGUCAAUAGCGUAGUUGGACAGUAUGGGUUACAGGAUACAACAACCCUGUCGGACGCCAGACCGAAUACCGAACGGUUGGGAAAGCUUGUUAUGGACCAGAACUCUCGCAGUAGUGCAGCGGUAGUAGGCCUUGAUCAUGGCGAUGAUUUUUGCCGGUACACCAUCUAGCGCCAUUAUCCGCCACAGGGACUCACGGUGAACGGAAUCGAACGCGGUGGCAAAGUCAACGAGGCAGACGGCCGUCGGUUGUUGGUAGCCAUGGCGAACUUCGAGAAUGCGCCUCACUGUGAAUAUCUGAUCUGCGCAUCCACGUCCAGCACGAAAUCCGGCUUGGUUGUCGUUCACCUCCCCCUUCCGCGUUUCGCACUGUUGGAAGUUGCGCGCAUGGCUUGGUAGGCCGAUGACAGGAGCUUGCGACGGCUGAUAGAAUGCAGACUUGUGUACUGGAUCCCGUACCUCGAGGUCUGGAGCGUGUCCGAGAGUUGCACAGAGUCCUACUACGUAGUGCCAGCUCGUGGAUGUUCGCCCAGAUGUGUUUGUGACCAUCUGAAAGCCUUCUGAACGUUCCUUCUUUCACAAGAACCGCAUCAAAUCCGGCCGGUGGCACGCAGCCGUUAUCCUAUUCACGGAGGGUCGUUGGGUCUCCUGAUUUUACGCCAGUUUGUUGCAGCAGGUCUCUGACUGACAUCACUCUGCAGAGAUCGUAAAGGACUCUCCCGAAGUGAAUUCGCACACAGUUGCAUUUACGUGGCACCGUAUUUUAUCCCUUAUGAUUCCUCCAAUCAGGUUGUGGCGCCAGAUGAAGGCGCGGUCCUUAUUGGCUCUUAGUGUGCAUUAGUCGGGCUGUGAUAAGCCUGCAUACAGACUCGGAGAGACCAUUAGUGCGUGACCCAUCGUGAAUGAAUCAGGAGUCUGUGGUACGCGUAGACGGGCUGGCUCUAACUCUCUGUGUCCCUCCCGGACCCCCGAGAAUGAGGCAGGAUACGGUGCGGAAGAUGCUGCGCAAGUCCCCCACCACCAUAAACCGACUCACGCGCAAGUUACCGUCCCUGCGUCCACCAUGCUGUGCGGCACACGGUAGACAUCGUCAUUCGCAAUGUCCGGAAAGGCUAAUAAACGAGUCAUUUGGGAAAGACGUCUCCCAAUGAAAAGCAUGCAAGUAAGAAGGCCGCAAACUUAUGCGAGAAAAAAGGAGCGCAUGAUGCAGUGAAGAUGAGGGAUAAGAAGGAGCUCUACUACACUCCCAGGCAGUCCGUACUGCAACAACUAAUAUCGCAAAAGGAAUACCGACAAGACCCAGAUAGACUAGGACCGCCAGCCAAUCCUACAGCACCCCAGGGUCUAGCUAUCUCGUGGCUUGAGCAUGCGUUCCUCGGCCUUUGGUUCUUCAGUCAAGUGAUCUACCAUUGGGCCGGCUUUUACUGCAGGCGCGCGUAGCAGAGGCUGAUGCCAAGCCAGUUACUGAGCUAAGUCUCAAUGGCAGUUGUCAUGACGCAGUCCGGACACUAGGUCAAGAUAGAAGUGGCGGGAGAGAGAGAGAGAGAGAGAGUGAGGUUGACGCUGAGAAAGUCCUUGUCACUUCAAUCGAAUUCAACGUCCGUACACAGUCAGCCCCAAUGCUACCCCCACAGCCUGCACUUCCCGUCAAUCCUGCGGCCCAGCGGUGAAUGCCACAGCCAGCUGGGAUGUAUUAGCCGCCCAGAUUCCGAGCGUAGAGAAAAUAUUGCUGGUUCACAUCGUCAACACUGUUGACAGAUACACAGAUAAAAAUAAUAUCCGCCCCAUCCAUUUUCAAUCAGUGAGAUCGCCGACUGCGACAGCUUGGGGUGUCCGAUCUUUCUAAAAUAAUCCAACGCUCAAGGUGACCAAAAGAAGGACAAUUUCGGUCACCUGCGAGCUCGCCAGACACUAUGUGAACGUCACCAAUGCCCUCUGUCUGUCCGGCUGGUCAUAGAAAGAUUGAAUUGCCUUGGGACAGAAUACAUUUCCUUAUGGAGCAGCCACAGCGAAGGGUAACGGCAUGAUGUCCCUGGAACUAGAUGCACUGAGCUAACGAAGGGUCAGAUCAGGGCACACAGCAGGUGUUAAUGGGCUGUGCAGUCAUAGCAGGUCCCACAUAUCAGCGGGAGGGGUCAUAUGGUGGCGCACCUAGGUUGGGGGCUCACGCCGCGCUAACCACCCGCGCCCGAUCUCGCCUCCAGUCUCCCUGACUGGCAACGGAAUCAGGUGGCUGAGGGAGGAGAGAGCGCGGUAGAUGCUGCGCAAGCCUACCAUGACUAUAAACUAACCCACGCAUCAAUCGCCGUCCCCGCGCCCCGGGCACAUCGUCGUUCGCAAUUUCCGGUCUGCCAGUGCAUGUGUGUGGGACGAGGAUGAGAAGCCAAGUUUCAGGCAACCCUCCUAGUGGCAAUGCAGCACUCACACUAUGGUAAAUCUGUCAAGAUUGAAAGUAUGCUGAAAGUGGUGGUUCAGUUGUUUGCCAGCUGUACCUGGUCCUUAAUGCCAAUAGUUUGACGGUUCUAGCGCAUUCCCCCAGUAGCAUGUAGUUACACUACCAAUUGAAUUCUAUGCUUCCCUUGCUCGUGAAUGUCUUCACGUCCAGUUUGCAGCCGCAUGUUGUCUUCUUUUUUUGUCGUCGAAACGCUCUUAUUUUCUGCGACAGCUAUCUAAGUUCGCUAUCUUUUUUUGAUGUUUUUUUAACCACCCAGGAAUCAACCUUCGCCACGUGGUAUGAACAGGUGAGCUUUUUUCUUCCUCCCACGCCCACGCGUCCUAUUAUCGUGUUUAUGUGAAAUUUAGCUAAAGUCCUGCAGUUUCGAAAUCAAAUCUAUUGCGUUUGGUAUGCUUAGUGUCAACUCGCGGACCAUCCUCUCUCUCUGGUCGUCUUUUAACGUCACCAAUGUCAGUCACAUGCGGUAGGCAUAUUGCACCCUGCAAGCAUUCGGAUAGGAUUUUACCACUUAAACCUCAGUAGACCGAAUGGCAGUUCUUGCAGAGGAUCCUAAACACUGCGCUCACCUACUAAGCGUGCAUGUCAGUAAUCGGAGACGGCAACCAGGCUGACGAUCCUCAGGACACACUGAUUUCUAGCAAGUUUGGCGAACAUAUCUUUGGGCAAUGGUUCCUACAGAUUCCAACAUCAGUUAUUAUCCAUUUUUUCCCUCUUACUCGGCCCCCGCCAUGUAUCAGCGCAGUUUUUCAUGACUGGUUUGCACAAUGACCGAACUGCUACCGCCCAUUCUAAAGCUGAGACAUAACGUCGAAAUAUUCGUAGUCUCCGUCACAACCAGCCGGUUCAUAGCCUACCCUUGUCAUUGUGUGCCUGUUAUCAACCGAGUUAUUUCAUUGAAUACUCCGAAGUAUAGACCCCCUGUAAGCUCGUUUCUUGUUGCCUGCAGAUUUCAUUGGUGUCGUAGUGUUUAUCUUUCAACCAAAAUGUCUUCUGCCGCGUAGAUACCUGUUAUCUCUAAUUUCCAGAAUCUGAUAGAAAAAAUCCAGCGUCACAAACUCCUUUUUGUGGAAACCCAGGACAACGACGAGACUAGUCUGGCACUGGCGAACUAUCACAAGGUUAGACCCCUCCCGACUUAUUUUUCGUACGCUUUAAACCUACUACUACUACUACUACUACUACCACAGCCACUGCUACUAUUACUACAACAACUACUACUGCUAAUGAUACUGCUAUUACUACUGUUUCCACUAUUGUUACUGCUACUGAUAGUAACUAUGCCUUCACCGCAACCAUUGCCUCUGGCGACACUACUAACAAUACUGCUCUCCUCGAAACGAAGUGGCCGCCAUAUAAUCUGAAUAAUAAAGUCACCUUAGUUACGAAUCGCUUUCAUUCAUUUAACGGUGUACAAUCAGUCUCGCACCACGAUGAAAUUCUGGGAUCAAAAUCGGGUUCUGCCACUUUCCAGUAGCAGUGUGCGUUUGUUGCUCGUUAAACCUACCUUAUUGGACGCUUCUCAUGCUCGCUUCUAUGUGGUUGUUAAUUUUUGAAAAGUUGCGUGUCUUUUGUCCCCUUCAUUCCCUCCUUCACCUUGAAAUCGGUGCUGGUAGCUUCCUGCUUUACUGAUUUUGUAGAACUCGAGGGUACUCAGCGUAGCCUCGAAGUCUAUGCUUGACUUUGAGGUAGAUUGAUCAUUGCUCAACGGGCUCACGCCUGAUUUAUUUGUCUACGGAUUUCCAAUGCGUUAUGCUAACUUUUCUUGAUUUUCUAAUAGGCCGAACUAUGUCCUAACCCGAAAAUAUACUAGGAGUAUAAGUGAAGAAGAGUCGAGCACCAAAACACUUUGUUUAUUGUUCUGAGCUUUCAGAGUCGUACAGGAGUCCAUCGUCAGAGGUAGUAGCAGCAGCAGAACAAGCGACAGUUAUAAGGCAUGUAGGCCAAUCAUCGACCGACGACGCAAGACUGGAGGUGACUACUCAGGGCUCUGUACGCCAGCGCCAGGUCGAUAAAUCGGUUGACUGAGUUCUCAUCCGAGGUCCAGGCUGCGAUUAAUUUUCGGCCUGUUUUGUUUCCGGCAUGGGCGACUAUUUUGGUGGCUGCGAAGUUAAACUCGUGACGCAUUUCGUAGGUGUGGGCGGCCACUUGUGAUAAUGCGUCGCCUCGCCGUACAGCCAGCUUAUGUUCGUGUAUGCGCGAUCCGAGCAUGCGUCCAGUCUGUCCUGUGUAAUUACAAGGACAAUUUUGACACGGAAUGCGAUACACUACUCCAGAUUGCUCUUCAGGUUUUAACCGGUCUUUAAUUUUCAUGACCCUGCUGCGCAUGGUGGCUUUGGGACGGCGUGUAAUUCCAACACCUAGCCCCGCAGCAAUGUGCUCGGUCGCUUCUGAAACGCCCUUGAUCUAUGGCAGAGAAUGCCAUAUCGUCGGUGGCGUUGAUGUUCGAGUUCUCUGGUGGCGACCGCGUAGGCAGCGACUUAUGAAUGCCCUCGGAUAGCCAUUUUGCACAAACUGGUCGCGGGGAUAACGGGCCUCACGUGCUCUGUUCUCCGGUUUGCUGCAAUGACUUUGGAUCCGUUUGAAGAGCGUCUUCAUACGGCAUCGUUUAUGAGCCACCGGAUGGUUGCUGUGAAAACUGCGAAGCUGUGUGGUGUUCGUUGCCUUCCUAUAAACCGUCGUUUCAAGUUCACCGUUAAGGUUUCGUCUGGCAAGCAUAUCCAGGAAGGGUAAAUGCUGUUCCUGUUCUUCCCUCGUGAAUUUUAUAUCAGGGAAGACUACGUUGAGCAGGCUGUGGAAAUGUUGCAGCAUGUCCUUUUUUACGAUGACGAAUGUGUCGUCUACGUAACGGCGCCAAAACCCCGGUUCAUGUUGGGUGACGGCAAUUUUUUCUAACUCCUGUAGGACCAGAUCUGCCACUAAACCAGAGAUCGGUGAGCCCAUUGGGGUUCCCUUGAGUUGUUCAUAGGUCUCUCCCGCAACUGUGAAUAAAGUUUGUUGGCAGAAUUCAAACAGCCUCAUGAGGUGUUCAAUUUUGAGGGCAUUCCGAGUCUCAUCGUGCGCCUCUUCAAGUCUCUUGCGCAAGACUUCGCGGACCAAAUUUGGUGGGAUAGAAGGAGUAGCAGAAAAAAAGAAGAGGAUGAGGAGAGGGUUUGGAUAGAUGACUUCGCAGACUGACGACAACACGGUGCACACCGAAGUCCAAAGAUCCUAAACUGAAAUCCCCGGAUAUUUUGCUAAAUUUGAAGGCUCUGAACGCAUGCUCUAGUUACUUCCUUUACGGCCGAAUUUUUGCCAGAAAUCUUUCCAGACGUCUGAAAAAUCUCAUGCAGAUGAAAGCUUAUUGAAGUUCUCGUUAAUGCUCACUCCCGAUUGCACCCCGUUUGUGGUUUUCCUGAAUAGCGAAAGCAAAAGGGUUCGUUAGGGUGACCCUUUUGCAGUAAUUUGCGUCUUCUUAAGAAGAACUGGGUAUUUUGAUUUGAGAACACACAUAAUUUUGGGGCUUUUGUGGUUAAGACAUGUUAAUAGGACCCCCUAGCACUAACCAAAACCUUAAUUCUAAACUUAACACCAACCACAACCCCCAUCUCUCCCUGGAAGUUAGCGCAAAGUCACCUAUAUUGCGGGGGACUCCUAUUCUUCUGUACUACGAUUUUCUAGUAUUUACCCAAGCCUAUCGCUCCUGCUCACCAACUCGCCAGCUGUUCAUGUCACACCCGAGUGUUUUAUGAGUUCUGGACUGCCUCCCAGAAGGGAUUUUUAGGGCCGAAAUUGUCCAUGUUUCCAGGUACUGCAUCUAAAGGAAAUGCCAUUUUCUAUAAACGCCUAUGGGACCUCGUGGAUCCGUCAAAUAACGAUGACAAUCACACGCACUAUUGUAUGAUUCAUUAUGCUGACAGCACAGGUGCUAGCUAAAUGCCCAGACACACGUACCGUCAAUUUUCUGGUGCUGCGGGGUGCAAAUGUUUCUGCGAAUUAAUUAGUUAUGACACUUAUUCCAAUCAUCGAAUUCCAGUAUUUUAAUUUCGUCGCAGCUCAAUGGGAGGACUUCAAGAAGAGUCUUCGUGACAUCAGUUUUAGGUUUGGUUUUGAAAUUUAUUUGAGCUUUUGAGCAUAAUGCUGCAGACUUCGGCUGAAUAGUCGCUCCAUUUUCACACUCGCAAGUCUACCAGUAGUAUAAUUUUAGCAUAGCAUGUAGCUCACCCCCUGUCGGGAUGGGAUCCGAAAAUUCGUGUCCUGAGGGCAUUGCCUUUAAAAUCACAAACUUCAAUCUGCUCUGACCGGAGCCAAAAUUCACGAACUGGAAUCUACUAAUAUCGCAAUCACUCAAAUAAGCGCAAUAACUAUUCCUCUAAUUUGGGAUUUCACACUUUUUUACUGCAAAAUAUGCCAAUCACUUCGUUUUUUCUCCAAAAAUAUAGGCAUGUGAAAACGGCCGUGGUGCUAUUCUGCUUUCGGUCGCCCGUGGAAAGAUUUCAGAGGGCAUUGACUUUGGUAAGGACUGUAAAUUCAUGCUUGCAGAGCGCUCUGCACAGUUUAAAAACCUGGUCUGAAUGUUAUUACCGAUAAGGACAAGGGAGACUGGGAUGGCCAUUUCUGGCUUAUUAGCCGUCGUCAGCCGAAGUGUGGAAAACCUGGGGCUCGAUUUCUCGACCUGAUAGUUAGAAGUUUAACGCCUCUAACCACUGAGCCACGGGCUCGUUGUCCUGUCGGAUUCGAUCGGGAAUGUACAAUGGUAGAGGGAUGAAAUGAAGACGCUCCGUUAUGAAUCGGAGCUCCAUGCCGGUACGCCUCCCGAAAAGGCUAGCUCUCAGAAACUUCUCAGGUACAGGAGACGCGAUUGUUCAGACAAAUUUUUGUUAGCCAGACAUUUCGGAUCCAUUCUCAAACUCACCAACCAGGAUAACACUGGUAGAAAUGGCGGGCACCUAGGGUUUCAGCAUUUAUAGGGUUUAAUUACUACGCCAUCAAACAUUUACUAGAAUUGGCAGCUUCCCUACCCAUGCCACAUGUUCGUAUCUGGUGCGUUGAUGGCUUGGUUGCCAGCAUCCGAGUCGUUAAUUGCCACAAUCUCAUCAUCAUCAUCGGCGUUGGUGAUGGACGUGAUAAUGUCUCAGCAAUUUGGCACAUCGGUGUCAUUACCAGGGCUAGUGUUCACCCGCGCGCAAUCCGCCUGACUAAUUGCAUUGUCCGCCAAAGUCUGGGCGCUUAGUUGGGGUAGAAGGAGACUGUAACGUCCUUUGGUAGACUUCAGAACGCAGGACUGUGAUUCAAGCAGCUCUGAGACCUACGUGGUUUGCACGUUUGUCGAGGAUUUCGGCCCUGAAGGUAUGGCUGGCUCUGGCCGAAUGAGCCGUGACUUGUGAGCUGCUGAUGAGUGCUAGACCAAACGUGUCCCGAGUAAUCCUCCUGUUUUUCUGUGAGUGCAGCAAAUCUGCUAGACGACCCCAGCGGUUUCUGGCCGUCUCAACCGUAUUUCUUCCGUCCUCGUUACUUGCCACCGGACAGUUACUUUUCCUCCCUGUUUUGCGAUUCCAGCUUGGAGUAGCAUUAGCAUGCGGCACGGAAUCACUGGCCUAAAUGUCGCUUCUCUCCCCUCAUCACCUUAUGCACUGGAUGAUGAAGUUGUACGGACAGCCAUUCUUUCUGGGCAUUCGUGGAGGUUAUUAUAUGGUCAUUCAGCAACUUAACUUGUCGGUUAACUGCAGCGCAUUUCAGUGCGCCGAUUGAGAGUGCCCUUAUGCGGUCGUGCUUUUGGGUGAUUGUGACUACUUGAUCAACCAAUUAAUGACGCGCAAAUUGCAUGCGUCUGUUCGAGAAAAAAUCGAGGCAACAUUUAAAAUUUUGUUGAAAGGACAUGCAGCGGUCGGAAGUUGGUCCAGCUUUCCAGAACUGGCAAGGAUCACAAACCGGUAUCCACCCGCCAGGCCUCAGGGCGACAAGGCAAGGAAUGACAGGCGAAUCGACAAACAAAAAAGACUGGGUCGGCCAACCCACCGGAGCGCGAUAGAGACGACCCCGACUCAGUUGUUUUCAAGCCUUAACCCCCCCCCCCCUAGACUUUAUCAACACCGUAGGCCGAUGACGACAAAUUUGUCAGAAACUGCUAUUUCAAGCAGCUGUUUUCUUUUUCCUAUCUUCGUUGUUGAUCGCCCCUAGCGACUUCGGUCUGGAGCUCUAGCGAAAGCUCCAGCCCACUUAUUCCGUCUCAGCUGGAGCAGAUCAAUGAACUCUCCACGACUGUGGCAGAUUUUCUGUCCUUGCCUCUGCUGCACAAUAUGCUUCCUUCUGCAAGGUAUAAUUGCAAGGCAAUUCUCGGUCGGUGUGCCUGAGACGCUUUGCGGGAAUAUUCAUUUUGUUUGGGAACACACACACACCACGACCUCUUUUUUAUCACUGACUUCCCGCACUUGCAACAAUUUGCUGCCAACGAUAAGCUUUAAUCUGACAACACCGCAAGGCUACCGGUUUCUGCAUAGGAGGGCUUUUGGCACCUCCGACGCAGUGACUCAGUUGCUUGUUGAGUGUCUCUUUGUCGACAAACCCCACACACCUGAGGCGUCAGCUGCUGAAAAUGUAAAACAUUGUAACCGUUCUCAGUGUCAUCUGGGAGCUUGUUUGUGUACUCUGCCAUUUGUCACAUCUCAAAUAAUUCUUGAGAGCGUACUGUCUUGUUUUCUGUGCUCUUCGUAAACCCGAGGCCACGUAAUUCACAGUCAGCGCCUUAAAUACUAUGUGGGACCAGCAUACAAUCAUCGUGUUUAUCAAAGCGGUUGGCUGGGAUUCAAUUGUUUAAGCUAUCUGGAGGGUUGAGUGCCGUAACCAAUAACAAUCCAGAUCCGCAUGGUGCAUGCCUGACCUUUCAUGCCUGUCCGGGUGUUUGUGGAGGCCAAAUUGGCCAAAUCGGAGAAUUCCUUCUCAGCCUAAUGAUUCUUUGCCCUCUUUUUUUUCACCUCGCGGCCCCUUCUUCGUAGAUCACCACCUUGGUCGUUGUAUCAUCUUGUUCGGCGUUCCCUACGUCUACACGCAGAGCCACAUCUUCAAGGUAAGAAUGUGAGUCAUGUAUCAUUGAAGCGAACGUUUAACCAUUUUGACCGAGAAGGUUACCUCACAAUAACCCAUCUCAGUAACCUCCCGUUUCCACGUGUUGCGUUUUUUUGCAUCAUGAUGGUCGAUUUCUCCGGAGAGAAACUUCCCAGAGUCAUUUUUGUCCUACUCGAUGCAUUUUUUAAACUUCCCAGGCACGACUCGAUUUUCUGAGGGAACAGUACAACAUUCGACCGAAUGAUUUCAUCACCUUCGACGCCAUGCGCCACGCCGCCCAGUGUCUCGGUCGUGCUAUUCGCGGCAAGUCGGAUUAUGCUGUCCUGGUGCUGGCUGAUAAAGUAAGCUACUAUUAUCCCUCAUUCGUCUCUUCCCCUCUCUCCCACCACCACUACCACAAGCACAGAUGCGUUUUCCUUCUUUGGAAGGAAGCGUAUCCUUUAUCCUGUGUUCAGAAAGCGAUUUUGGUAAUCCCUACCAUGUCGAUGGUUUGAAGAGGACUUUUACGGCCUGUUUUUCUCUGUAAAUUCAUUGGCACAUGCAGUGUCGGUCCUUAUGCAGGUACGGUAUAGCCUCCUCAAGGUAUGUUAUCAUCUACCAUGUCAUGAUCUGCAAGUUAUGGCCCUCACAGCCUGGUCUGCGCCGACAGUGGUGGUUAAAAUCCAGGUCAGGGGUUUAUUGUGGACCAAGGGGUGUGGUGGUACGCCUAUGUGCGGGUCCGGCUGUGCCAGCCAUCUGCGCCCUCCGCUGCCCCUGGUCUUCUUGACUAUGUCUUGACUCCUGGCCCAGGUGGGGUGGAGGGGGGAGUGUGGUAGAUGCUGCGCAAGUCUACCCUCAUUAUAAACUAACUCGCGCGCAAGUCAUUGUGCCUCCCUCACCAUACUGUAGAACGCACGCUGGACAUCGUCGGGCACGAAGGUCGAACUGUUACCAUGUAGCCUAACGUUUCUUCUCAUCUUCAGGCGCCACUAGCCUUGCGAAAGCCGUCGCACCAACUCUGAGCGGCCUGGAGCGACAGUUGUUCUGUGUAAUCAAGCCAAAACUUCACCUACGCAUCGGGAACUGGUGUCGCUACCAAUGACAUUCCGGCGUUUUUAUGACACCGUUGACAAUUUCACAGUUCUCACAAUGUGGACCUAGAGACUGGACACUAAGAAGCCUCAGGUGGGAUUUUGUACGAGCUGCGGACGAUAUUCGAGUGUAUGCUGUCGUUGGGUGCUUCGUGCUGCAACGAACAAAUCUGCCAUGCGUCCGACAACUGUGGCGGGAGCGGUGAGGACCUAGUGAGCCUAACCGCUGUGAAUACCCUAAUGAGCAUUCAAUCACCUGGUGUUAAAAAAUCGUUUCACGCAAAAUCAAUUCGACUCCGCAUAAGUAUAGUACCGUUGAACCAUAUUGGCAGCUACGAUCGAUGUCGAUAUGGUUGACCAGAAGGACUACAGCCGUCCUCACGUGAAGCUUCUACCUAACCUCCGGUGACAUUUCCUCUAUACUACGAGGUCUUCGAAGAAGUAGUAUGUACACUGUACCAAUCACCUGACUACUGAUUCAGGACUGCAUUUGACCACCAAAAACACGCCCUUGAGACGUCUUUUUUUUGAAAAACAGCCGUCUCGAACUGAAACACAGCCUCUUUGGCAGGUUACAAGCGGCCGAGGCACAGCAAGCGUCUGUCGUAAACCGACAGAACAAACUUGGACUGCACCUCCCUCCCCCCACCCUCCACGCUCUGCUGACGGCCAGAAAAGGCCGGGACGGCCAGAGGAGCAGCAGCCGGCCUAUCUCAUGAAAUGUUAGCAAAAAUUCUGAAGCGUGUUUUUAAUCGGAAAGUACAGUGCGUGACCGAUCUUAUGAAAUGUUGACCGAAAUUCCGAAAUGUGUUUUCGAUUAGGAAGGAUUACUUAAGUGGGGUUUAAUAUUGAUUAGCAUGCAGCAUAAUCCUAUUGCGGCAAAAAAUGAUUUCUUAAGUAGCGUGCAUUUUUCGUAUUGAUUUUCAACGGUCUAACAAAUUCAAAUAUAUUUUAUAGAAAACGUGCACAAAAAUAUGCCUCCUUUUACUCGUUCGAUAGAAAAUCACACUGUCUUCAUAGGUUAUACCUGAGUAAAGUGUAUAUUUAGGCUUUAAAAAAGUUUCUAAUUAUGAGAUUUUCAAGACCGUGCGAUGUCCAUUUAUACAACAUCGUACAUGUUCAUUUACCAAGGCUUCUCAUGAAAUGUACAACACAGUCCGGAUCCAUUGCAAAAGUUUAUAAACUCUAUAUGGUAUCUUAUUAAAGCAAUAGAGGAAAUGUAUGAUUUUCCUUACGCAAAAAGCAUGCACUUUGUAAACUGAAAUCGCUAAACGCCAAUGCAAUGGCAGAUCUGGCUCAAAAUUAUUCGGGUAUUGGAAAACUUUUAAAACCUAAAUAUACACCUUCUUCAGGUAUAAACUAUGAAGUCAGUGUGAUUUUGUAUCGAACGAGUAAAAGAAGGCAUAUUUUGUGCACGUUUUCUAUAAAAUAUAUUUGAAUUUGUUAGACCAUCGAAAAUAAAUACGAAAGGUGCAUGCUACUUAAGAAGUCAUUUUUUGCCGAAUGCGGUUUCUGCAGGUCAGAAAGGAGUGCAUCCAAAAGCCGACAUCCUGUUGAGUCCGAAAUUAUAUAGAAUUAUGCUGCAUGCCAAUCAAUAUGACAAUCCCACCUAAGUAAUCCUUCCUAAUAGAAAACAUAUUUCAGAAUUUAAGUUAACAUUUCAUGAGAUCGGUCACGCACUGUAUUAUUUGGGUUUGUAAUAUUGAUCAUCCUGCAGCAUAAUCCUAAGAUAUUCCAGUCACUCCAGAAUGCCGGAUUUUGUUCGUGCUUUUUUUCCAGCGGCUUACAAAACCACACUCGGUAGAAGAAUGUCUGAGUAGUAUGAAUUUUUCCCGCUGAUUUUCGAUGAGCUCAUAAAUUAAAAUAGUAUAUAAAAACAUGCACAAAAAUAUUGAGACUCCGUUUGUUGUGAAUGCACUAAUGAGCUGGCUAUCGGGCCUCACUCGUCACCUGGUGUCCUUCCAGCCCCGUGCGCGUUGCUUGCAUUUUCUCGUUGCGCAGACGGUCACUUAGCUCGGAGGUAGGUACUGGUUUAAUUACUCACUAGCCAGUCCUCUAAGACUAUCCCAGCUCGAUGUCGGGGAUCGGGCUUCAAAGUGGAGUCCGCUGCCGAGUGUGUCUACGGGACUCGAGCGGACCAAGUCUGCCAUAAUCUUGAAGUUACUGUUCUCGCCUUUUUAAGUCGUGGUCUUUCUCUGCAAUAUUCCUCUAGAUUUUGCGCUAAAUUGUACUGAACCUUUCUCUGACGAACGCUCGUUCAGUGCUAGUUAUGCGUCUUUCGUUUUCGCUGACGAAUAGGCGAAAGGCAUGAUUGCGAGUCCUUUGCAGAAACAAAAGCCAGCUCGAAUUUCGUCCUCCCCUCCUUCAGCUUAGACUUCGCUUUUAAUCCCACCAAAUUAACCAAACAAGUGAUUUUCAUGUAACGACUUAGCUUAUUGUGGGUUGUUUUUGCCAUCGUAUUGUUCGUUCUUAAUAAGUUCACUCCCUGCAAGCGAAGAUGAUCUCCACUCUCUCGGAGAGGGCAUUGCGAUGACUUUCCGGUGGGUGUGUUUGAGAUGAAGUAGACCUUGGGAGCAUCUGCCUCACUCGUCCCCUACACCCCUUCGGUGCGUUCACUUGCUUGCAGAACAGAAGUGGGCAUUUCCGUUUUGCCUUGGAACUGGGGGAUUUACAACCAUCAUAGGCGUCUGAAUGACGACUAGCGACCCAUGGUCAGGAAGUAUUGUCGGCACAAACAGUAGCACUGGAAUAGCCAUUUCUGGCCUAUUUGCGUAUCACCGGCCAGUGAUGCCCUGGCUUCAUGCUGCGCAUAUGAUUUUGCCGUGCGGCCGUAGAACACCUGCUCCAAGGCAGAGUAGAAGUACUCAUUUCCGUUCUCCAAUCAGAAUAGAUUAGCGCACGCCACUUUCACGUGACUAAAUACUCUCCAUGUCAGUCGACACGACGAUUAAUUGGCUGGAUAUUCGAACCCUGAGAUUGGGGUAUCCGUGGCUGGUGACAACAAGUACAGUAGGUGGGCUAACUCAUGAAAUGUCAACCAAAAUGCGUUUUCGUUUCGAAAAAAUUAAUUAAGUAGGGUUGUAAAACUAGUCAGCCUGCAACAUAAUUCGCGAAUAUUUCAGUUACCUCAGAAUGCCGGCUUUUGAAUGAACUUCCUUCCAGCUGCAUGCAAAAACUACACUCUAAAACAUGACUACUUAUGUAGCAUGAAUUUUUCUCAUUGAUUUUCGAUGCCUCUAAAAGUCCAUUUAUAUUCCAUGGAAAACAUGCAUAAUAAUAUCCAUUCUCCCACUCAUUCGGUAGAAAAUUACGUCUUCUCCCAAUCUUAUACACAAAGGAAGGGUAUAAUUCAGUUUUCAAAAACUUUUCCAAUUCCCGAAUAAUUUUGAAUCCGCUCUACCGUUACACCUGAAAUCAGGGUUUCCAAACUACAAGCCGUAUAUUUUUCGCGUACGGAAAACCACAUAUCUCUCUACGGUAAUAAAUGGAGACCAUGUUGAGUUUAUAAAAUUAAGCGGUGGAUUUGAUCCAUAUUGUUAACUUUACAAACCACGUUGGUAAAUGUAGAGACAGGAGGAUUUAUGAAAGGUCAUUUCACGGUAUUUAAUAGUCCCAAAAUUAGAAACUUUUUAAAACCGAAUUAUGUCCCUCCUUCGGGUAUAAAAUUAGAAGAAGACUUAAUUAUCUACCGAAUGCGCAGAUGGAUGAAUAUUUUAUGCAUGUUUUUCAUAAAAUAUAAUUGGACUUUUAUGGGCAUCGAAAAUCAAUGAGAAAAAUUCAUGCUACAUAAGUAGCCAUUUUUUACAGAGUGUGGUUUUUACAUGCAACCGGAAGGAAGUUCAUUCGAAAGCCGGCAUGCUGACGUAACUGAAAUAUUAUAGAAUUCUGUUGCAGACUGACUAGUUUUAUAACCCUACUUAAUUAAUCUUUUCGAACCGAAAACUCAUUUCAUGAGUUAGCCUACUUCUCUAAGUCAGAAAUGAUCACUCCAGUCACGUCCCUGUUUCUGUCGGUGAGACUUCUCAGUCCAAUAGAAGCGAAGAAACGAAUCCCAUGAAGUAGUAUUGAAGAAGGAGACACGAUCGCUGGUACCAGAGCUUUAUUGGCCUGACGUUUCGGAUUCCUGCUCGAACCCUGCUUGAUGAUGGGUUCGAGCAGAAAUCCGAAACGUCAGGCUAGUAAAACUCUUGUCCCAGCGAUCGUGUCUCCUUCUUCAAGACUUCUCAGUCCAUUAAAUGCCAUUUUAACCCUCAAGAUAUUACGUAAACCCAGAAGAAUUUCCUGGGAUAGCAGGACCUUUAGCCUAAAACCUCAGCACUGCCCUUAUUUGUAAUCGCUUAAGCUCCCAUCUCUCUCGCUCCCCCCACUCCAGCGCUACGCCCGUGCCGACAAACGAUGCAAGCUGCCGGGCUGGAUCCAGUCCCAGUUGAGCGACGCCUUCGUGAAUCUCUCGACGGAGGAGGCUGUGCAGGCCGCCCGUCGUUUCCUCCGCCUCAUGGGUCAGCCAUUCAACACGGAGGAUCAACUGGGCGUGGCCCUGCUCACACGUGAACACGUGGAGAAGAUUGUGAAGGAGCGUGCCAUCGCGGCCGUUAUGCAGCACGCAAACCCCACAGCGGGGGCGCCAUCAGCAGCUGGCGUCCCCGCGUCCAUGGUCAACACCGUGCCCGGGUCCAUGGCGCCUGUGCCUGGCUCGGCGUUUCUAUGA